AUGGACCGUAGAGGCUUUCAUGGCUACCGCAAGCUCCCCAGCACAAGCUCAGAGAUCAACAUGAGGCUAGCUGCUGAGAUCCACCACCACCCCACCACCACCACCACCACCACCAACAACAACAGCAGCAACAACAUUCAUGCAACUACUGAUGACAUGAAUGAAUGUACUGAUCAUGCGCAAGAUUCUCCCCCGCAUGCGAAAAUCUCUGAUGAUGCCAAGGAAACAAUCCAAGAAUGUGUAUCUGAGUACAUUAGCUUCAUCACUAGCGAAGCCAACGAACGUUGCCAGCGCGAGCAACGCAAGACUAUAACAGCUGAGGAUGUGCUCUACGCAAUGAGCAAGCUAGGGUUUGAUGACUACAUCGAACCUCUGACCAUCUAUCUUCACCGAUACCGUGAGCUCGAGGGCGAUCGUGGGUCGAUAAGAGGUGAGCCAUUGGUGAAGGCUAGGAAUAUUAACAACAAUAAUGUUGAUCAGUAUGGGACUAUGGCUGCCGUUGGUGCUUAUGCAGCGCCGGCAUUUCAUUUGAGCCACCAUCAUCAUGGCUUCUUCGGUGGGGCUCCGAUAGGAUACAUGAACAUGAGGGAUGCCAAUUCCAGUCCAAGUUCCUCGUCCCAUGCUGCUGCGUUGGCUAAUGUUGAGGCAUUUGCUCAGCAUAAAUGA